GGAAGCCACUGGAACUAUAGAAGGAAAACUCAGAGAUUGGGCACCAAAUACGUAGUCUCCAUUUCUGAAAAGUUCCUGACACAAAAAACUAGGAAGUUUUGUCCUUCUGCAUUUCACAGUCCCGCCUGCCAGUGAGCAGUUUUCUUUUGAAGACGUUCUGUUGGUGCCUUUAAGGGCAUUUUCUCCUGAUGCAUGCGUGAUUUCUCCACCAAUACCUUCUGAGAAAGAAAUCUAGAGGACGAGGGGAAAGAAGAAAUGUCCAGCUCUCAGACACUGCUGACCUUCAGGGACGUGGCCAUCGAAUUCUCUCAGGAGGAGUGGGGAUGCCUGAAUCACAGUCAGAGGGAACUGUACAGAGAUGUGAUGUUAGAGACCUAUGGACACCUCCUCUUCUUGGGUCUUGUGUCAAAACCAGACCUGGUCAUCGUUUUGGAGCAAAAGAAGGAGCUGUGGGGUGUGAAGAGAAAAAAGACAGUAGCCUCACACCCAGCUGUAUCUUCACAAUGCACCCAGAAUUUCCUGCCAAAGCCGUACUUAGAACCUUCUCUCCAAAAAGUGUCAAUCGGUGAACAUAGUACCCUUGAGAAUUUACACUUAAUGAUAGAUUGUGACAACGAUGGGGAGAGUGAAGGGCAUCAAACAUAUGACGGACAUUUCCAAACAGAGACAUCUUCCCAUAGGAAGAAUCUCACUGACCCAUAUGGUGAAGGAUAUAAAGCAUUUUGCAAAACCUCCCCUUGUAAGUUAGCUACUUCUACAAAGCAGUGUGUUUCCAUCACCAAAAACUCAAGUCAAAGAUUCAAACAUAAUUAUUUGUCGAAAGAAAAUUUGGAAAAUCUGGAAAGUUACCUCAUUCAGGUGGAAAAUAAGUAUUUGAACCAAUUUGAAAAUAGGAUCGGAUUGACCUUUCAGACAACUGUUUCUGAAAAUCAUAAAUUUAAAAAUCAAGAAGAAAUUGUUAAGGGGUGUCAAUUUGAGGGGCACAUCACAAAGAAGUCAACCCUACAAAACUACGAGAGUAUUUUCAAUGGACAUAGAAUUGUUCCUUGCAGUGAAUCUGAGAAAACAUUUAACCAAGGCUCAAUUGUUAACAAAUGUCUAUGUACUCAUUUGCCAGAUAACCAUUUUGAAUGUAAUAAAGGUAAGGAAGUUUUGUCUCAAAGAUCUAAACAUAUUAUACAGACGAGUAUGCUUAUAAAAGAAAAUCUUUAUAAAUAUAAUGCAUGUGGGAAAGAUCUGAAGGAGUCCUCCAGUGUUGGUGAUCAUCAGACAAUUUGUGUGGGAAAAAACACAUACAUGUGUAAUAAAUCUGGAAGUGUGUGGAGUCAGUCACGAAGACUACAUGCACAUAGGACGAUUCGUCCUGGAGAGAAAAGGUACACUUGUAGGGAAUGUGGCAUAGUCUUUCAUUGGCACUCGGCACUAUCUCAACAUCAGCGAAUGCAUGCUGGAACGAAAUUGUACAAAUGUGAAGAAUCUGGUAAAACCUUUAAGGACUACUCAUCACUAAAUAAACACAGGCAAAUCCGUAUCAGAGUGGGACAUCACAAAUGUCAACAAUGUGGCAAAGCUUUUAGGAGGCACUCCUACCUUCCUAGACAUCAGAGCAUCCAUACUGGAGAGACCCCUUACCAAUGUAAAGAAUGUGGCAAGGCCUUUAGCCAGCACUCAACCCUUACUCAACAUCUCAGAAUUCACACUGGGGAGAAACCUUACCAAUGUAAAUAUUGUGAUAAGGCCUUUAGCCAGCACUCAAACCUUAUUCGACAUCAUAGAGUUCAUACUGGAGAGAAACCUUACCAAUGUAGAGAAUGUGGCAAGGUCUUUGGCCAGCACUCACACCUUACUCAACACCACAGAAUUCAUAGUGGAGAGAAACCUUACCAAUGUAAAGAAUGUGGCAAGGCCUUUAGCUACCACUCAGUUCUUAUUCACCAUCACAGAAUUCACACUGGAGAGAAACCUCACCAAUGUAAAGAAUGUGGCAAGACCUUUACCGAGCACUCAAACCUUACUCGCCAUCUCAGAAUUCAUACUGGAGAGAAACCUUACAAAUGUAAGGAAUGUGGGAAGGCCUUUACCCAGCACUCAAUCCUUACUCGCCAUCUCAGAAUUCAUACUGGAGAGAAACCUUACAAAUGUAAGGAAUGUGGCAAGGCCUUUACCAGGUACUCAAAUCUUAUUCGACAUCUCAGAAUUCAUAAUGGAGAGAAACCUUACAAAUGUAAGGAAUGUGGCAAGGCCUUUAAAGGACCCUCAGACCUCACUCGACAUUACAGAAUUCAUAGUGGAGAGAAACCUCAUCAAUGUAAGGAAUGUGGCAAGGCCUUUACCAGGCACUCACACCUUAUUCAACAUCUCAGAAUUCACACAGGAGAGAAACCUCACCAGUGUAAAGAAUGCGGCAAGGCCUUUAGCUACCACUCAGUCCUUAUUCACCAUCACAGAAUUCACACUGGAGAGAAACCUCACCAAUGUAAAGAAUGUGGCAAGACCUUUACUGAGCACUCAAACCUUACUCGCCAUCUCAGAAUUCAUACUGGAGAGAAACCUCACCAAUGUAAAGAAUGUGGCAAGACCUUUACUGAGCACUCAAACCUUACUCGCCAUCUCAGAAUUCAUACUGGAGAGAAACCUUACAAAUGCAAGGAAUGUGGCAAGGCCUUUACCAGGUACUCAAAUCUUAUUCGACAUCUCAGAAUUCAUAGUGGAGAGAAACCUCACCAAUGUAAGGAAUGUGGCAAGGCCUUUACCAGGCACUCACACCUUAUUCAACAUCUCAGAAUUCACACUGGAGAGAAACCUCACCAGUGUAAAGAAUGUGGCAAGGCCUUUGGCUUGCAUUCAUGCCUUAUUCAACAUCUCAGAAUUCAUGCUGGAGAGAAACAUUACCAAUGUAAAGAAUGUGGCAAGGCCUUUACCUGGUCCUCAAUCCUUACUCGACAUCACAGAAUUCACACUGGAGAGAAACCUGAUAAUGUAAAAAGAAUGUAAGUCACUGCCUGUAAGUGGUGCCCAGCCCUUAAGGGACAUCAGAGAAUUCCUAUUAGAGAGUAACCGUACAAAUGUAAAGAAUGUGCCAGCUCUCCCUGCAAGUCACAACUUACUCCACAUUCUAGUUAUCACAUAAGAGCCAAAGUGUGAAAUGGAAAGUGGCCAUGCCUUUACCUGGAAUUCAAUCUUUGCUCGAUACCACAAAAUGCACCCUAGAUGCAAACCCUAGAAAUGUAAUGAAUGAAGACCCUCAUUUUAAAUAUACACUUUAGGAAACACAAGAGAUGCAUAUAAGAAAGUAACUGGAAAGAUAGAUUUACAAAAGUACUUCAUUGAACAUCACAUGUGAAUCAUGUUACAGAAAUCAAGUAGAAAGGAGUAUAUCUGUCAUUUCAUUCAGACAUUGCUUCAAAAUACUUACAAGGAAUAACACAGAGUUAGACACUUAGAAAACAUAUAUGCUAUUCUGGUCCUAAAGAUCUAGUGGAUCGGUUUUUGAAUAAGUAUAAUUAAUUUCAAAAUGUGCUUUGUUUUGUUUUUUGUUUUUUGGGGUUUUUUUUGUUUACAUUGACCCUCUUUGGGAUUUGUGACUAGCAAAUAUUAAUGUAUUCCUACUCUCAAAUCCCUUCGGAAUAUUCAUUUAUUCCUGGUGGAUGUGUGAAACCAUGUGGAUGACUUGUUGAAUCAAAAGUAUGAGAUGCCCUUCUUUAUUAGAUGGGACCAAGGCAUGUCUAAUUUUCCACAGAAGAUAAAGGAUAGUUUGAUGCACAACAGCUGAAGCAAAUCUAAAUGGAGAUGCUGUUUGUGGUUAUACCACUGAUGUAAGUUGUCAUGAGACAGGUGUUGAGAACACCAUUGUCCAUUUAUUAACUCUAAAAACUUCCUGAAUAUUAGAAAGAAAAUGUUUUACGUUAAGGUCUUAAAGGCAAAAGAGGUGGCAGUCCAGUGCACUGAUAGAUCUUUGUAAGAGCAAUAGUCAGAGCACAUGAGUUGAUGUGGCUGCAAUGAAGACAUCUUCACAGAUGGCAGCCAGAGCCUAGCUAACUCUUCCCCCAAAUGGCAUAAAUUGUACAUCCACAUCUCUCAACACUUACCUCUGGCCUGAUAUUUAUGGAAAUCACUACUCCCCUGUCAUUACAUCAACACAUGAAUGCUUUUUUACCACUUGUAUUCUAUAUUUUUAACGAUUUGUUGAGUCGAGUGGAUUUGAAAUGCAUAAAUUGGUCUG